GCUUUUCAUGUUCAACCUGGAGAGGUUAAUCCAUACUGGGAGCCACCUCCUUUACCAAAAGGUACUUUUUUUGUUGGCUAAAAAAAUAUAUUUCUCUCAGCGAAUUCCAAGUUUUUGUGCGAAUUUGCUGGUCUAAAACGUUAGCUAUCCUUAGGGGGAGGGGAACAAUAAACAUUUAUUACAAGAAAAUUAUGAAUAGAGGAAAUAAAUAGUAAGAGCCUUAAAUAUGGUAACAUAUUUGGUGGUUGCUCUUUCGUCUUUUAAAAUUGUUUUCACUCCUUGGAUUUGAGGAGAAGUCUAUCGCGUCCUCGAGGUUGCGCGCGCAACGUUUUAAUGAAAUUCUUUUUCAUUUGCCUUCUUGUCGUAAUACCAUUUUUCAAAGGAAAACAUUUCCAAAGAUAAAGAACAGUUUCGCCAAAAAAGUCUGAAAAAAUUGAAUUUUCAUGGCACUCUUUGUUCCUAAAAUGUUGAACUGAUUUUAUUCUGCCAGUAUAUUUAAGUGUAAAUUUUUCCCCACAUCUUUGACAUGUAGGUGAUCAGGACGGUUGACGGUAAAGACUUAGGCUCCAGUCAUUAUAACUUAUUAACUAUGUUAAUUUUUUUGCCACAGCUCUUCAGAAAAAGAUUGAUGAAAAGAAUUUCGCUAAGAAGCCGGAUCAUAAAGAAGGUAGUUUGAAGCAAGUUUUUAUUUUCGUCGUUUUUUCCUAUGGAUUCUCCAUCUAGCGAUUAAUCUUUAUUUGUAUAUCAUCAAUUAAUCUGAUUGCGCUUUUCCCCACAAAGCUGUUCAGAGAGUGAGGCUUGGCAAAAUCUAAAAUUACAAAGUUCUUUUUCAAAGUAUUUUCUUUUUUGUGGGGAGGGGAGGGUUAAUUGUUGUUGCUCUCGACUUAAAUUUGCCGCCUUAAAUAAUUCAGAGAAUCCUAACGAUCGAACAAGUCAACCAUAAAAUGUAUCUCCUACUAAUCAUGCCGGCUUGUUUCUCGAUUUCUUCCGUAGAUUCUGAGCUUAACAUUUAUGCACAAAUAACUCGACAACGGACCGACCUUAUUAGACCAAAAGGUACUUACUGUCGACUACCUUGUAAUCCUUUGAUGCGCAUAGAUUUUUUUAAUAUAUAUUUUCUUCGAGUUUUGUUUAAGUAGCACUACCUUAUUGGUCUUAAAAUUUCAGCAUUUGACCAUAAAAUAUACUAAACCUCUAGCUGAAGCUUAUAUUAGAGUAACCAAACACAUUACAAAUGAAUCGGUAACCGUAACGUUAUCAGUCCAUACCAAUCACAUUAUUAACAAGUAUGACCUGUGAUCGCCAGGCCGUUUUAUCUGCAACUUUUCGAUUGUUUUUUAUCACUUACAAUUUUACCGAAAAUAUUUUCCAAUGAUCCUUUAGAUCUAGUAUAGUAUUUGAUCACCACUGCAUGUUCUCACUCUCGAGUUUUGUUCAGGUAGUUAUAGUUUUUAUUGGUCUUAAAAUUUCAGCAUUUGACCAUAAAAUAUACUAUAAACUCUAGCUGAAGCUUAUGAGAGUAACCAAACACAUCGCAAAUGAAUAGGUAACCGUAACGUUAUCAGUCCAUACCAAUAUAUCACAUUAUUAACAAGCAUGAGUUGUGAUCGCCAAGAUGUUUUAUCUGCAACUUUUCGAUUGUUUUUUAUCAGUUACAAUUUUACCUAAAAUAUUUCCAAUGAUCCUUUAAAUCUAGUAUAGUAUUUGAUCACCACUGCAUGUUCUCACUCUUGGUUAAUUGAUAUUUGUAUAACGGCAUAUAUAUUUUUUUCUACAGCUAUAAGGCUUAAGCCCGGCGACAAAAAUCCGUUGCUAUGGGAAACGAACGGCGUUAAACCGCCAGGUAACGUGUCCUGAGUUUCUUCUGCAGCUGUUUUUUACUUUUCCUCCUUCAAUUGUUUUCUUUGUAAAAAAAUAUUUCUCAUUGGAAAAAAUUAUUCACCUUAAGGCGUUUUGGUUUUAUCUUUAGUUGAUCACAUUGAAAAUGGUGGAAGAGAUCCCUACUGGAACCCGCAAGGAGAAAUCCCAUUGCGUUACUAUGGCGUUCAGGUAAUUGAUUAUUUGUAAGGCGAAAACCCGCCGGUCCGUUAACAAUGAACUCUGUUCCCAGGGUUCUCUCCUCUCCCUUAACACAGUGGGACCGAGCUUGGUUCGUAGAAAGUAAGUUGGGAUAGCCUUUUAAAUCUUGUUCCUUGCUCUGAACUGAGGAAAGCCAUUUCUUGGAUCUUGAAUCUUUUGUUAUUCUCUCAGCUAGUAGAUAGAGUCAAAGUGGUCUUUUUGUAAGCAAAAUCAAGGAAAUCCGGCAUACUGAAAUUUGACUGCAAACUUAGUUCAAAGGCAAAAGACCUUUCACUCCCUGCAAAAUUAUCAAACUUAUUAUUUUAAGAAGACAUAAACUGAGACUAUUAAAUGGCUGACAGUAGGGUAUUAUAAAAGUUAAAAUAUUUUUCUUUCCAGCCCGUUCCCGUUCAGUACCAACAGUUCCCGUAUAAUCCUGCAGUUCAGCAAGGUUGGGCUGGCGGAAUUCAACUGCAGCCAGGUCAUGCCCCGUUUAUGUAAGUUUUUACUUUUUACGCACCUAUCCACAAGCCUUUUAUGCAAAUAUGACUUCCACGUUCUGCUGUUGUCAGGUAAACAUUCAUAGUAAAUCUAUGGGAUUGGCUCAGACAGAAACAAAUUGUUCACAUAAAUAAUGCUAUCACAGUUUUCAUGUUAGCUCCAUAUUAUUUUGUCACACAGUCAACCAUACUGGACAACGACUGCACCACAACAACAAUAUGCAGCUCAACAGCAAUUUGCCGCAAUGCAAGCUCAGCAAUAUGCAACACAGCAUCAGCAAGUUGCGACACAUCAGCAGCACGUUGCGACACAACAGCAGCAAGUUGCGGCACAACAGCAGAACGAUGCAACACAGCAGUGGAAAGUUGCCACAAAACAUCAGGAAAGUGCCAAACAACAACAAGACGAGGAAAAGAAACAAGAAGAAAAGACCGGCACCACCAAGACUAUUCAAAAACGUCUCGAGUAGGUUUUAGUUUGUAGUUGACAGAUCGUGCUAGCCAAUUUAUUUGUGUUAUCGUUGCACAUAUUCUACCUCAGUGAACGUGCCAAAGAUAACCGGUACCGCAUUUUUGUCAUACAAACCUCUCAGUUCUUUUAAUCAUUUGUGCAAUACUUGAUAAGCACACGUUUGAUUGUAGGCUCCAUUUCUGGCUAUUUAAGAGGGCUUCAUUUGAUAUCCGGUCAAAGCAAUUUCUACUUUAGCAUGUGUGGGAUGAAACCAAACGCGUGCCGAAAAACGGUACCAAUCUCGUCACCAAUGCUCUCGGAUCUUACGGCUCCCUAGCCUGUACACAGACCCUCUAUUUUCUCUUCAAAGUCCGUCGAGCGCGGGAGAUAAAAUAUAAACCACAGGAGAUUUAUUGACCGCCAGCGCAAGGAGGUAGUCGUGUUUUUUUCUCGCGCUCCGCGCUCGUUCUCGCGCGCUCGCUCGCCGAUGUUUUUGAGAAGAACGAAAAGAAAAAGAAAACGACGUCUGUGUACAGGCUAACGGCUGCCAGUGGGGUUAAGAUUGUUCAUGAGGCGGUAGAUAUAGGGUCCCCAAUAGAGUGUUUUCACUCACGUGGCCAGCGUCUAUGCAAAUGUAUUGAAACAAAAGAAAGCGUUUUCAUUAGAAAGGAAUUUAACUCCCACAGGACUCGUUUGGGACACCAACAUGGCCCCCGUUUGAUUGUUUUGGGACACCAAUAUGGUCGCCGUGACGUCAGCAUUGUGAAAACACUCUAUAGGUUUUUCGGGAUCCGAUAGUUCCCUUUUUUUGAAGCUCGGGAUUCGAGAUUUUGAAGCACAAUCGGACAAGAUUCGGGAUUUUAAGUAUGCACGUGAGUUAGAAAGCCCAAAUGACCCGCGGGAUUACGGGAUUAAAAGACCUUACUGGGGACUUUCGUACAUAAACAAGGCUAAAGUAUUUGCUCUGUUUUUUACACAGAGAAAUGAAACAAACUCUGGAUAAAGAAAGAGAGGAAUUGUCCCUGAAAUUGAAACGACAAUCAAGAAGAGUCAGUGAUCUUGAAAUCAAAGACAAACAACAACAAAAUGAGGUAAGAGAGGAGUCCAGGGCAUUUGUGAUAAAUAGAGAACCAACCAUAGUCUUGUGACCGGCUCCCUGAGAAGAGUAGAUGAUACUGCUGUUUUAUGUCAAUUAUGUGAUAAACUAAGGGAUUUUUAACCAUAUUCAUAUAAAGCUCCUGUGGAGUUAUGAAGAAGAUAUCAAACAAAUUAAACAAACAAAAAAACUUCUGUUUGCAGGUUGAACUAUAUUUUCUUCUUUUGCUGUAACUAAUAUAGACUUCAAAAAGAAGCCAAAAUUAAUGGGUAAUCAGUUUCUCCUCAAUGGGAAAACCUUGAGUAAGCAACAGGCAGAAAGCAGUGCUCGGAAAUACUUGUUUGCCGUUUGUUAUGACUUUUCAUGUACAAGGAUAAUAAUUAGUUCAGUAGUAACUAGAUAUAUUUCGUAUACAAUUUACGCAGAUCAAGGAACAGACAAAAGCAAGAGAGAUUGCUGAGGACAUGUAAGAACAUUUUUAAUGACGUACUACUAUUUCGAUUCAGUGGUCAGGGGCGGACCAAGGAUACAGGAAUUUUUAGUUGGGAAAUGGGGGGGGUGGGGGGGGGGGGGGGGGGGGGGGAGUUUGGUUCAGAAAGGCCUGUUGAACGUUUUUGUGGCAAAUUACUUCUCACAGAGACGACCACGUGUUUCUCAACCUGUGAACGCCGGUCGCCAUUGGCGCGGCAAGUACUGCUUUGCGAGCAGAAGCGAACAGAUCAUAGGAGGGUAGACAAAAACGAUUACAUUUUUAAAUCCCUGUGAUUAUGGCGCGUUCAUAAACAAACAGUGAUAUACGAUUCUGUCGAUGAACAAUAAUGCAGCUGCAAACAAGCGUCAGGUCUGAUGGGGGGGGGGGGGGGGAUGUGGUUUGUGGUUCUGACCCCCCAGGCCAUCAACCUGGAUCCGCCACUGGUGGUAGAAAACAUUUAAUGUAAGAUUAUUUCCAAGAAUCGUCCAUGCUGACAUCAGUGAUAUUUUUAUUUUCGUUGUAAAUUCAAGGUGGAAGAAAAUUGAGGAGGAGAAGAAUGCCUUGGAUGCCAUGAAGCAAUCAUUGGAGAAGGAAGGCGGCAAGAUAAACCGGGUUCUCCUGGUACGAAUUUUUUCUUAUUCGUUAAAACGUUAACAAAAUUUGUAGCCUCCCUCUCAGCCGUUUUUAGUGUCGUGACGCAUGACGCCCCCCCACAAACGGCUACCAGUUACGAGGCAUCGAUUGAUUAUGAGGAAGUUUCAAGCUAAUUUAAAGUUUAUUCAUUUCUUAGAAAACAGAACGUGACCUUUCGAAAGCACAGGAGAGGAUCCUUAAUUUGGAAGCUGAUAAUGAAGCACAAAGAAGAAAGCUCGAGAAAUUCACAGAUGAAUUAUCUCAGGAAUUUUCCGCACUUCGCGCCACUUAUAACGAGGUAAGUGGAAUUUAAUAUAUAAACUAUGAAAAAUUAUUUAUAGGAAUUCUCCCUUUAAAAAAAGAGACGUUACCUAUCCCCACUUCCCUAUACUACAUGGUAUGCAUAAAUAAAAGCAUGAGUUAAGAUUUAACUUUAACCCGGGGACACCUCUCCAGAACACACGCCUAAAAGGCACCAAAAGUUUGUAAAGGACAGCUCUUGUAUUUAUUGGCUUACACUGUAUACAUGUAUUUCUGAUUUUGUGUCUUUUGUUUUCUCUCUGCGAACCAAAGUUGCAAGAAAGGCUGCGAGUUGAAGAACGGUAAGUGCUUUAUCUCUUUUGCUUUUAGAAAUUGUAACAACUGAACAAAUCUGAACAAAUUGAACAAAUUUUCAGAAUUACCUUCAUUUUCUGUUGUGAAGCUGCAAUGAAGGCUUUUAUGAAACGACAUAGAAAGAGGCCAAUAAAAGUAUUUAAAGAAAAAAAGGGAAAAAAUAGCAAAAUUGAUUCCAGGAAAAACUAAAAAUGUGUUGCAUUCUACAGGGAUCUAAAAAUAAGUGACAAGGACCCGGUGAACAUCUUUGAUCUUGAGUAAAUUACAACUCACAUCCCAUGUAGUUUAUUGGCUUUUACAGUAGAUAGAUACCUACUAGCAGUCGGUACCUAAGCUUUAGCAAAGGCACCACAGUAAGUGAUUAUUUCUUUAAAUUGUUUUAUUUUAGCACCGCUUCACAGACCAUACAUGGACUGAAAGAUGAGGUACUUUGUCUGUAGCUUGAAAAAACUGAAUAUUGCCUCUUUUUUAACAAAAAAUUGACAUGUUUUAUAGGCCAAGCCAAAAUCAACAGAUACAGUUUUUCUUCUUUGAACUGGUUUCUGUAUUUUUUGCAGAAGUUAUUUUUGUAGUACUUGUCAACAAAUUACUGUAGGGUACUCCACAAUGAAAAGAACGAGUUUUGAAAGCAUACAUUAGCAUACAUUAGCAUAGUCAAAGCAGAAGAAUUUGGAACUGCGGUAGGAUUAGCUCAGCCGGUAAAGCGCUUGUUUGCAGACCGAGAUGUUGCCGGUACCCGACCAAUACUCAGGGUCGUAAAUUAGCUGAGAAAUGAAGGCUGGAAUUUCGCAUGAUUUGGACAACCACGGCGGCGGUUCCGUCUCAGUAGUAGACUUAAAUAGUUGUCCCAGUUAGUAGUUUCGUGCUAAAUACAUUUACACUCAUGUAACGCGCAUUUUUAUUGUUAUUCUUUUCGUCUUUAGUAUGAAAUGCUAACGAAAGUUUUUCAAACUUGCAGGUCGCUUAUUUUAAAUCGUCUUACCAGAAAACCACCGAAGAGUAAGUAAGACAUUACUAGGUAGAAUAAAUCCUCAAAGUUUCGUUUUCGGCAUAACACGGGCAAUUUGGCGCAAGAAACUUGCCUGCAUGCGGAAAGUUUUUCGUUCUUAAAGAUGAGUUCAAAUUUCUCGACAAUGCAAGUUUGUAAUAACAAAGAUCCGUUUAUAUAGUUUUGACGGUUGUUUUCGAUACUACACUGACUCUUCUCAGAAUUACAGACUAAUGAUAUAUUGCUUCGUCCGCGUUAAGCCUUGAUUUAUGUGGAGUCAGGAGUUCUUGGCAUUGCUUUUAAUCUCGUUGGUCGCGAAGCUGACCAAAAGCAUCGAAGCUUUGAGAACGAAAAUGCAACAAUCAUAUAAACAAUAAAGAUAUGAUAAUAGUAUAUCUAGCAGGCUUUACGAGGUUAAUUCGAGGUUUAUAUAUGUACAUGGCACUCUAUUUUACUGUCAUUUGACGAUCGCGUACUUAUUGUACUUAUGGUAACAUUUUGUGACGAUUCUUUUGUAACGGUUUUCAUCCAAAAUGAAGAAGACCCACUGUUGUACACGGUUGAAAAAAAGUCGUUCUGAAGAAUUGUUAUUAUUUGUAUAACAUACGUGAUGCACGUUCUGUCUUUCUAAAUAGUAUUUUAUAAUAAAUAACAAUACGUUUUUUGUAUUUUAUUUCAGUUUAGGCAUUGCUAAUCAAGAGCAACGUUCCUUGGCCCAGCGGUGUGAGUUGUGGAAGAAAAGCUCUCACGAAAAGGAUUUGGUUUGUGAACGUGCAGAGAAAGACAAAGCUGUUCUGUCUGAGAAGAUUCAGGUGAGAAGAAUAAUAACUACUUGAUUUUUUAAGUGGAAAAGUAUAGCUUUCAUUUAUGACUGUAAGUACAUCCUUCUUAACUGGCUAUGAAAGACUGGAAGCUAGUCAGAUUGGUUUGCUCAACUCAGUCGGAAGGCCUGGCUUCUAAGGCCUCUAAAAAUUUUGAAGAGUUGACCACACAUAGAUAUACCAUUUGAAAUCUACGUUAACGAAGUUCUGGCAAUCUUUGAUGCGACAGCUUUUCUUUGAAUUGUCAGAAAUGAAGGAUAAAAAGUACCCGAACAAAGUAUGAACAGACUUAGUCAGAUACCGUGACAAUAUUUGGUCAGAAGGACAAAGGUCAACAGAGAAUGCUAUUUUAUUAUUGUAAAUGGAUAUUUGACCAAUCAGAGCGCGCUUUACCUAAUAUUGAAAUUAAUUGAUACUUAUUAUUAAUUUUUCACACUUAAAUAGUGAAUUCCAAAAAAAAAAACAAAACAAAAAACAAAAAAACAACAACAAUGUUGUACGUUUUCUGUUCUCUUUUUGAUGGCAUUGUGAAUGUUUGUAUGUUAUUUGUGUUCUUUUUGUGGUUUUAAUGAAAAUAUAGUGUACAUGGCCGUCGAAAUUUGUUUGGAUACUUUGUGUUUUGUAGUAUUUUUAAAUUUAUUUGUUACGUUUUUAAUUGUAUUCACUAUUUAAGUAUGAAAAAUUAAUAAUUUAAGAUGUGAAAAUAAUUGAAACUUACCUCUUCUUCGCAUAGAGGGUACCAGUGAUGUACAAACGAAGGAUGACCUCUCCAUGAAAUAGAGAACAUUUUUUAAAAAGUUUAUUUUUGACACGAACCUCGAUUGUGAUCCUAACUUAAUCCCUCCUCUUUUGUUUUAUACUUUAGUCUGAGAAGGCAGCAAAGAUUGAACUGCAAGAGUAAGUAACUCCCUUGUCAUCCUUGGCCGCGAUCAAAUACGGUCUACAGCAACUUAAGAAAUUUUUAAAUUUAGACCUAUAGUCUGAGCAAAGAGUGCAUGUUUUAAAAGAAAGUUAUUGCCUUUAGUCCAAGUUACUUCCAGGAUGAAAACAGGCAACUUCUGGCUUUUUCUUAAACUUUUUGUGCAAUUAGGUCCGUUUCACGAUGAAAAUUUCAAAAGUGGCAGAACAACCUACUUGUUAUUAAGUCAAAAAAUAAAAAUGACUAUUCUAGUAUUUCUAGCACUCGAUAAAAAGGCUGAACCUUACCAGUGUAGGCCUGUCGGAGUCGUAAUUACAAGGGCAGAGGGUUAUGAUGUUUAGUGAAACCAGCGUUUCGAUCAACUUACAACACUGUCGAUCACAAUACAGUUGAAGUCAGUUUGUCGGAUUGGUAAGAAAAGGCGGAAGAGCUAAAUCAAUCACAAUAUAUGGCAACAAAAUUAAUGGUAACCAAUAUUUUUUUAUGUAUUGAUGACUGAUCUAUUCUGCCGCUAGCUGAAAAAUGUUGACGUAAACGGACGGAUAAGGUAGAAGUUUUGAUUUUUAUAAAGAAAUUGGCUUAUAUUUUCGGGAACAUAACAGUCCGAAAUUCCGAAAUAGUUACAUGUAUUUUAUUCGUACUUAAAAUUAAAAGCCUUCGCUACCCAGAUCUUACAGGUCUGUAAGUUCGACCGUUAGGGAUCUGGGUGCGAGAUGUUUCAAGACGAGUCCAAGUCUAAGGGUAACAUGUAGGUAGGCAUAUUAUAUAUUUAUUUUUUACUGUUUAACCUCUGUCGUUUUCAGAAAUAACGAGACCCUCAGGGUAGAAUUAGCUGCAUUCAAGAAGCAAAAUGUUGUGCUUAUGCAAGAAGUUGAACUUCUCAAAGAACAGGUGAGUAAAUAAAAAAUUGGAAUUUGUCUUUAAUUGUUUUUUCGAAAGAUUUUUUCCCGAGAAUUUCCCCAGUUUAACAUUAUCUUAUGAUGUACGGGUUGAGUUGAGCAAGGCCAAAAAAAAAAAGGGUUUUACAGACAUAGUACGAUACAUUUAAACAUUAUUGAUUAAAGUUGUUCUCUCCUUUUCAGAAUUACAAUCUGCGAUAUUAUGGUGGAGUAAUUGGAAAAUUCCGAAGGAUGAAACGCUUCAUCGUAAAUACUUUUCGACGAUUUUCAUCAUAA